GUAGAUACGAAAACAUUCAUAGCCUGGCGCAACGCUGAACCUUGAUCGCUCGUCGAAUCUUAAAUUGCACGGCGAGAUACGAGAAUUAUAUUUUAUCAUAAUAGCUUAUCGUGCUUUUGUGUUCAGCUGUGGUGAUGAGGAAGUAAUUUAUUCAAAUUAAGAAGAAGAUCAUACACGCUGUAGAUCCGCUAAUGAAUUUUAAAAUGUAUUUUGGAUGGAUGUCAAAAAAGGAUAUUUUUUAAAACAAAGUUUACUUCGAGGGGAAAUAAAGCUCGUUUAUGAAUCUGGAAAAUGCCGUGAAAUAGUGUUGACAACUGUGUGUCAAAAUAAUAUUUUGAAACAUCGGAUAGUGCAUCAAUAAAGUCAUACUCUUGAGGAAUAUAUUUAAAGGUAAGCUAUCGUAAAACAUGGAAAAUUGCUCACUACCUUUGGAGUACUCGAAAAUAAAUGAUGAAAUUCACCAGAGAGCUGUAAAGGAGUUAAAUGAAACAACGGAGAAUAGAAUACAAUGCUUGAAAGAGUUAAAGGAAAUGAUUAAAUGUGAAAAGAACUUGGAAUCUGAUAUGUCUGACAACUUCCUAUUGCAAUUUUUGAGAGUUAAGAAAUUUGAUACAGACAGAGCUUUUUCUUUACUAAAGAAAUAUUACGGCCACCGAAUGUAUUACAAGUCACUUUACAAGAAAUUCAGCCCAACAAAUAUUUCAAAAGUAUUAGAAACAAACAUGAUGAACUUUUUACCAUGGCGCAAUCCUGAAGGAAGUGCAGUGUGGGUGUCCAGAGUUGGUCUGUGGGAACCAGAACACGCUUCUUUUGAUGAAAUCGUCAGGUGUGGUCUCAUAUGCAAUGAAAAGGCCUUGCAAAAUCCAGUUACACAGAUAUGUGGUAUAGUCUCAAUAGUGGAUUUCAAAAAAUUCUCAUGGUCUCAUCUAUUUCACAUAUCACCAACAGCCAUUAAUUGCUUUGUAUCAGCAUCACAGAACUGUUUUCCCAUUCGUCAUAAAGCUAUUCACGUGGUCAACAAUCCCGGUGUGUUUACUGUUUUAUUCGCUAUGAUUAAACCUCUUCUUAAAGAAAAGAUUAAAAAAAGAAUUUAUUUCCAUGGCGAUAACAUGAGCAGUUUGCACGAGUAUUUACCACCAGACAUACUCCCAAAAGAAUACGGAGGAACCAGAGGAAAGUUCGAAAAUUCUAAAUUCUUUGAUUCAUUAAUGGAGAGUGAGAAUGAAUUUAUACAUAAUAGUAAAUUUGGUUACAGAGAUUAAAUCUAACCAAAGAGUGAUCAAACUACCUGUGAUAUAAGACUUAGGAAAUGGAUCUUUUGAUUAUAUGUAGAUCUGAGAUUUUUAAUAAACAUGUCCUAGAAUUACAGAAAUCAUUCGAAA